AAUUGCAGGAGUUUUGAUGGAUUUUUUUCUGUUUGAACUUUCCUGAGAAGUAAGGCGCUGGGGUCAGAGACUCUAAGGUUGAAGUACCGUUUUGUUUUGCUCGACUGCUUUUUGUGGGGGAGGGAAAGACCGUGAAAUUCGCAUUCGGGGCUCAGGAGAUGAGAUGCUUUUGGGAACUCGCUGUGUUGCUGUUGGUGCUCUACCUCAUAUACCCCCCAGGGGCAGGAGCCAAAGGUGGAGAUGGGAAGGAGCAGGUCAGUCGCCCCCGGAGGAAGGGGAAAGGCAAGCCCGUGCCCAGCAAAGGAGCUCUGACCACCAGGCAGGGUCAUGAGUGUUCCUGGGAGGUGCAGGGGCAGGAGGAGUUGACCCUCCAGCUGAGUUGCACCCACCAAGGCAGGAGCUACUGGUGUCAGUACAGCGGGGUGCCCCACAGCUGCCUGACCUAUAACAGCAGGGCGGCUCAGUACUGGAAACAGGUCCUCAGCAAAGUCAAGAAGAAGAGACACGCCUGCCAGGGAGACUCCACCCUCAAGGCGAAGGUCUGCAAGCAGGGCCCGCCAGAGUCGCAGCUGAGACUGCAGGGCGAGGGCCAGGGAAGGCGCCGCCUCAGCGGGAGUGCCCGCCAGAAGGAGCCGCCCAGUGCGUCCCCAGAGCGGGCUGUGCCCACACCGAGAGCCCGGGGAACGGCCGGCGACAAACCCAAAGGCUGGGAUCCUGCGGGGAGCCAGGCACUGAGCGAGAUGAACGACGACCGUCCCGGGUUACACGGGGACCUGGCUCAGGUUUACUGCACCGAGAAGUGGCAUUCUCUCUGCUCCUUCUUCGUCGGCUUGUGGAAUGGCUAGGUGUGCACUCUUUCCACCUUCCACCGAAAUAGUCUUAGGUACAGCCAUGCGACCCCCCACCCAGCUCCCCUCCCCUUUCCCGCUUCUGUGAUCUCCAUUAACACAGCCUCUGCCGAGUUAGAACUGACUCACAUACUAAAGUCUCACAUUUGCCAAGGGAGACGCUGUGAACGCUAUCUCUGUUAAUUUAACAUUUCAAUAACUUGUUUGUUAGUGCUUUGUAUUUUUGUUUAACCCGACCCUGUAAGAC